GCGUACUGUACAGUGUAUCACAAUUCUAAACAUGCUUGAGUGAACGAGACCUGAUUAAGAAUGACUCGUGCGUUCAUAAAAUCGCCAUACUCUGGGAAGAUUUAACGUUGGAAUUCUACUCAAACUAAAUAAGUUCAAUUAUUUUCUUUAUGUUGUAACGGCCACGAGGGAAAAUGUAAGGAGACAACAAUUGACUUUAUCAACAAUGUAGCUGUUGUGUUGGCAAACUGAGACGAGAUGAUUUUCAAAACGCUCGCAGGUAAAACUUCGUUCGUGGGGCUUCGUUUACUGCAGACAUUUCUAUUCUUACUGUUUCUCGGAAGUCUGGGAUUUGGAGCUUUGUUCUUUUUGCCUGAAACAUCUCGUUUGAAACGUAUUUUUCAACAUAAUUCGGACAACUCGGCAGUUAUCACCGACUCGAUGAAUGGACAAAGUGCACAGCCCAGCUCACCCAUUGGGCUCAUUGGAGCCGCUCGGUUCGAUAUUGGAGUGCUACGUAUACAAUCACAACUCUCAUCUUCAAAUGGAAAACAGACAAAUAAUAACAAGGAAAGUAGUCAAGGAACAGUUUCAAUGGAACAUACGUCUGAAGGUGACGCUGCCGACGACAAGGUGCAUACAAGGGGCGUGGUGGUAUCGAGUCGGGCGCGCUCACCUGUGAGAGUGAAGUUGAGGAAUUGUAUGCUGAAACCGCCAUAUGGCGCAAAUUAUGGAAAACCUAGUGAUCCUGAAUCUCUGCAGCGUCGGGAGAAAGUCAAAGAGAUGAUGAAGUUUGCUUGGGACAACUAUAAGCGCUACGCAUGGGGGGAGAAUGAGCUGCGACCACUCUCCAGGAAUGGCAAUGAUGGCAGGACAUUUGGUGGGUUAAGAGGUGCCUCUAUUGUGGACUCUCUUGAUACCCUCUACAUUAUGGGGCUUGGUGAAGAGUACCAGGAGGCCAAGGAGUGGGUGGAGAACAACCUGAACCUCAAUGUAGGUGGAGAGGCGUCUCUGUUUGAAGUGAAUAUCCGCUACGUGGGUGGCCUGCUGUCUGCCUACUACCUAACAGGAGAGGAGGUGUUUAAAAGGAAAGUGGUGGAGCUGGGGAGAAGUCUGUUACCUGCCUUCAACACUCCCACAGGCAUACCACAUGGAGUUGUCAACCUAGCCGGUGAUUCCAGGAGGUGGUCCGGAGGGGAUUUGGGGAGGAGCAGUGUUCUAGCAGAGUUUGGAACCCUGCAUCUGGAGUUUGUUCAUCUGUCAGAACUCACCAAUGAUCCCAUUUAUACCGAGAAGGUUAUGAAUAUUAGGAAACACCUGAACCAGCUGGACAAGCCACGUGGCCUCUACCCAAACGCUCUCAACCCAGUCAGUGGGAAUUGGGAACAGCAUUAUGUCUCCAUUGGGGCCCUUGGUGACAGUUUCUACGAGUAUCUAAUAAAAUCCUACCUGAUGUCAGACAGGACAGAUGAAGUUGCUAAAAGAAUGUACUAUGCUGCACUGGAGGCCAUAGAGAAUAACCUAGUCCAGAGGUCUCCUGGGGGGCUGAUCUACGUGGCUGAGUGGAGAGGGGGUAUCCUAGACCACAGGAUGGGUCACCUGGCCUGCUUCUCUGGAGGGAUGAUCGGGAUCGGGGCUGAACACGGCAGUCCAGAGACCAGGCAGCACCAACUGGACCUGGCUGCUAACAUCACCCAUACCUGCCACGAGUCCUACAGGCGUACACCCACUAAGCUGGGCCCAGAGGUGUUCCGGUUUGAUGAUGGAGCGGAGGCUACAGCACCCAGAGUAAACGAAAGGCAUUACAUCCUGAGGCCAGAGGUCGUGGAGAGCUACAUGUACAUGUGGAGACUGACCCAUGACCCCAAGUACAGAGAGUGGGGCUGGGAGGCUCUGGAGGCUCUGGAGCAACACUGUCGACUUGCCACAGGGUUCUCUGGUAUCAUUGAUGUCUACGGCCAUAUAAUCCAACACGACAACUUACAGCAGAGUUUCUUUCUGGCAGAAACACUCAAGUAUCUGUACCUGCUGUUCUCUGACGACGAUCUCCUGCCUCUGAAGGACUGGGUGUUUAACACAGAAGCACACCCUCUACCUGUCAUCCCCAGGAACUGCUCUCAGGAGAGAGGACACAGACCCAAUUGGACUCAUUGACAGGCUUAUAGGGCUCCUUUGAAAUGGACCAUAUAUGGUGUAUGUUCAUUGUCAGGCUUAGCUCCAGUGUUUGGCCUAAACAUUUUGCCUUUAUGUUUUCAUCUCUGAGGCCUGGCCUCAAAAAGCCCUAAGAAAUGAUUGGGAGCCCCCUUUCUGGCCCUAGUCACUUUGAUUAAACUGCAGGAGAUGGAUGGUCAGUGAGACACAUAUCUCUGUGGAUACUGUUGAACUGAUUUUGUCUUCACUGUGAAAGCUGUUUUUGUUUCUGUGAAUCAUCAGAAACCAACAAUGAGUGUAUAUAUAUCCACUUAUUUUGCCUCUGUGAGGGAAAUUCCCAUAUCACAGGGAAUGAGCUGAACAUCAGCUGUCUGAGUGUCAAUAUUUAUUUGUGAUACGUCCAUUGUGCAUUAAAUCUGUCUGCUAUGAUAAAAAAUGUUGUUUUUUCAGUGUAGGAUUUUCUGUCCAUGCCAGUUAAUUUUAUUAUCAGAUAAUUUCACUAAUUGUAAGUCACUCUGGAAAGUGUCUAGUAAAGGACUAAAAUAUAAAUGUAAGUAUUUCUGAUGGAUUUCAGCACUUCUCUGACUCACGAUGCAAAACACUUCUCAUCGAUCAAUUUUUAUCCUGAACACGAUCCAUGGCUUGGAAAUUGAUUUAUAGAAAGCUGCAGUCCCAGGAGAAAGAGGGAAAUUGUGAACAGAGAGCUUAGUGAAAAUGAUUACAUGCUCACAACUACCACCUCCCUCUUACUUUCUCUACAUGUGCACUAUAAAUUAGCUUACCCUUCAUUACUUAAAAUGACUUGGGAAAAGUAAUAUUUGAUUUCUUCCCUGAUGGCUCAGUUGAUUACAAAUCUGAGACUCAUAAUCAAUAGUAAUUUAUUAAUUUCUGUAAUAUUAAGAUAGGCUACUGAUUUUUAAAUAGUAUCUUAUAUGCUUUAUUUGAUAGAUGGGAAACGGAGAUAUAUAUUAAAGGAAGACAAAAUGUGUAGAUUCAGGAAUUGAACCCUGGUGUCAUUGCAUAUCUGCAAAUAGUGUUUCCACUCAACUUCAGGGGCUGUGUAUUUUUAGUAGGACUUUGGAUGUUGCAUUAAGUAAAUAUUGCC